CAAACAUCAGCUGACUAACCUGCUUUAUACAAAUUUUCCCAUUCAUUCAUUUUGAAUAUAAAUUUCCCAUUUUAUAUUUUUCCAUUUUUUCCUAGUUCACGAUGACUACAAACACAAACGACAUAGAUAAAAUUCGUAGCACAUUGGAUAGGCUCACUCUGGAUGCCUUAACAUUAAUGCAAGAAGAAAUCGAGCUCAAAAUAAAUGCAGAAAAUGCUAUGGUUGGAGGCGAAACACAUUUAGCAAAAACCAGAUACAUUUUAGGACAAAACAGUGUAUCCAGCAUACAACUGCCAACCGAAAACACUCCAGAAUUUGAUGCCCUAUUGGUAGUUCAUCAUUCCCAAGACGAAUACGGACAUGAAAAACUGGAUCUAGAAUCCCAAAAACCGGACAACGAACACCACAUCAACCCAAUAAAAUGGUUUGGAUAUAUGCAACCCCAACAUUUACAGCUUGCCCAAAAUCUUUACAGGCAAGCUGUACAGUGGCUCGUACAAGCAGCUAAUGUACAAUUAAGGCUUAGAGGAACUUGUCUUCAAAUUAAACAACUUAGAAAGCUCAAGGAGGAAGUUGCAGCUGAAGAAUAAUAAUUUUUUUGUGUAAGAUUUAUUAGAGAAUAUUUAUUUAAUAAAAGAUGAUAGCUUAAAUAUGUUCAUAGUUUACCACAUUAGAAUCAGCAGGUGAUCUGAAUGGAAAUGAGGCAUAAGUUGAAAUUUAAAAUUUAUUCAAAAAAAUAUCUUGGGGUAAUUUGUAGAAACCAGAACACAUAAGUUCUGUUCCAACAGACAUGAGAACCGUUCCAGAACCAGUUGCCCACCUAUUUUUCAUUGAGUUGAACGUUUAUCCUAAUUGAAAAAUGAAUUGAUCGACUAGAAAUUACCGUUCUGGAACGGUUCUCAUGCCUGUUGGAACAGAGCUAUAUAAAUUAUAAAUAAAUAGGAAAAAAUAAUUAGGUUUCAUAUAAAAAAAAUCACUUAGGUGCAAUAAAAUAAUUCCUGUCUGAAAGUUCUUUCUCGAUAGCUUGUUCCAUAGCAUCUAAAAAGUCAUAUACAUCUGGUUGGUUGCCUUUCAAAAAUAAAGCAUCAGCCAAAAAAGGUAUUUUUCUCAAUGAUCUUCCACUCAAACCAAUACUUUUUUCACAAAUUUUUGUUAGUCUUUGACUAAACCUGUCCCCUGUAUCACCUGCCUGAUCGCUAAUAUCAUCACCUUUGAUUAUAUUGACCUAAAACAUAGUUAUUUUCAUUUGUUUGACAAAUUAUUCCUGACUGCCCUUAUCAGUUCAGUAAUGCUCGAGUAGUAAAUAUUAUAAAUAGCUGGAAUUCCAGGUAGGCCCAAAUACUCCUUGACAUCUGCACGAUCCACAAAAGCCAAAUCUAUGGUUCCGGUUAGAUUGGACGUGGCCAAUAUCAGAACAUUUGGAUGUGGCAAUUUCAAAUGAUUAAAGAUUACACGAAAGUCUGGGACAGUUCUUAGACCUAUUGAGUAAACAAGACAAGAAUAAAAUGUUGAAACCAUUACCAGAAAAAUGAUAAGGAUUAAGCUACAUCUAAGAUAAUGUGGACAGACAGGAUUUAAUUGAAAUCUCAAAUAGGACAUUUGAGAUUCAAAAUUAGUUUUACCUGAAGAACAUUGAUCUCGAGCUCGUGUCAACGAUUCUACUUCGUCCAUAAGAACACACACUAAAAUGUUCUUGUCUUCACAUAUCAAUCUGAUUUUUGUGAACAUAUUAUGUACUAAUUUUGCACUCUACAAAAAAAGGAAUUUCAACGGAAAUAAAAUUUUGGGGUUUCUUUCAAACCUCAGAAAAAUAUUUGGAAAACAAACUGUGACUGUUGAUUUCAAUUAAACAUCCACCUGUAGGGAAUGAAUUUUUCAUUUGUAUACUAAGCUUUUGUGCCAGAGCUUUGCACAAAGAAGUUUUCCCUGUUCCAGGCGGUCCAUGAAGCAAAAUAACUUUGUUGCAAUUCACUAAUGUAGAAUUAACCUUUUUAUCUGAAAAUUUCAUCAUUGUUCUAGCAUAUUUUAGAAGCUAGAACCAAAAAACAAUAUGUUAGCAAACUGCUAGAUUUUCACAGUACAGUUACUUACAUUUCCUUUAAUGUUUUUUUCAUAGAACAGACUUUCCCAUAAUUGGAACAGACUUUUGGAAGGUAGACUUAUAUGACUUGCCAUGUUGACUUCGCAACCAUCCGAGUCGUUUUCGACAUGCAAACUGGCUUCAUCUGCAUCCAAGCUGUAGAUGAACCAAUUUACGUUGCAUUUUUUUAAGUCCAAAAUAAUUGUGACCUGAAAUUUAAUAGAAAAUAUAAAUACUUAAAAAAUAUUAAAACUAUUCAUGAGAGGAUAUAGAGAACUUUGAUAAUAAACAAAAUAAAGUAAUGGUUUUUACUGAUAUAGGUAGGUACCUAUUUUGAUAAAGGACACAGCAAUAAUGAGUUACAGAUACAUAGAAAUAAAAUAAGUGAUGAGCAAAUGCGAGACCAAGACCAAGAACGGGCUAGUCUUGGUCUUGCAUAUGCCGUCUUGGUCUUGCAGUCUAAUAAGUGGUCUUGGUCUUGCAUAAUAGGUUAUGGAUUGUGU